AUGGCUGUAAUUGAAGUUGAGGGAAGAGGAUGUCUAAUACCCAAAACAAGGCAACAAAGAUCAGCGGAACAUGCUGCAGGAAGUCCACGUUUGGAUGGUCGUAUUGUGGGUGGCUAUAAAAUUAAUAUUACCGAUGCUCCUCAUCAAAUAUCAUUGCAAACAUCGGGACACAUUUGUGGAGGUUCUAUUAUAUCAUCACAAUGGAUUUUAACUGCAGCCCAUUGUACCGAAGGCCGCACUGCUAAUCGCAUGAAAGUACGCGUUGGUUCUUCAGAAUCUGCCAAGGGUGGUGAACUCAUACAAGUAGCCGAAAUUGUCCAGCACAAACAAUUCAAUUAUUCCAAUGUUGACUAUGAUUAUUCCCUUUUGAAACUCUCUAAAGAAAUUGAAUUUGACGUUACGAAAAAGGCGGCGAAACUACCCGAAGUCACUGACAGUUUUAUGGAUGGCGAAACUUGUUUCGUUACCGGUUGGGGUAACACUCAAACCUCGGCUGAAUCACGGGAAUGGUUACGUCAGGCCGAAGUGCCCAUUUUCAACCAAGAAGAAUGUUCCGAGAAAUAUAAGAAAUUUGGUGGCAUUACAGAACGUAUGAUUUGUGCCGGCUACAUUGAAGGUGGCAAGGAUGCCUGUCAGGGAGAUUCUGGUGGUCCUUUAGUAAAUGAAUCCGGUGUUUUGGUGGGUGUUGUUUCGUGGGGCUAUGGUUGUGCUAAACCCGAUUAUCCGGGAGUUUAUUCGAGAGUAACCUAUGUGCGUGACUGGAUCCGUACAACUAGUGGAGUGUGA